UGACUCCGCGACUCGAGUCACAGUCGCAAACGCGCAAGACUUCAGAGCCAACACGAGAACAAGGGUUUAGCGAUUUCUCCUCCUCCGUUCUUCCUCACUGUUCUUUCUUCGAUCCCAUGAACUCGUAACCUCGUUUCGCUAUUUGGUGAUUCCGGUUUCAAUUCCGAAAUAUUACGGUUUUGGGUCGAUUCGUUUCCUAUAAAGCUUCGGUUUUUCCAUUCGAUUCGAUUACGGGUUUGUUGAAUCGAGAUGGACAGAUCUAAUUCCUUCAAUCACUCCAGCGAAAACCCGUCGUUGAAUCAAAGGAACUCCGAUGUGGGAUACAGCACCAACGACAGGAGGCUCGCUUACUCGCGCUCGUUUCAGCAGUCGCACGGCCCACGCACGCCGGCGGCGGCGGCGGCGAUGGUGUUUUCUUCCGGCGAGGCGGCGAAGCCUUUUCUCGACCGCACAGUGUCGAGCAUCGAUAUGCCGCCGGAGAUUUACUUCGGCGAUGGAAAUGAAGAGCUUUUCGGGGAAGGGAAAGAGAAGAGAGGAGAAGUCUCUGUUUUGCGUCUGGUUUUGGAGAUUUUCCGGGUUUUGAGAUCUGGGAGUCGGCAGAUGAAGAGGCUGUCUCUGUUGAUUUCGCUCAAUGUGGCGUAUUCUACCGUAGAGCUCGCCAUAGGGCUGUUCACAGGGCGCGUAGGUUUGGUGUCUGAUGCAUUCCAUCUGACAUUUGGUUGUGGUCUGUUGACAUUCUCUUUAUUUGCAAUGGCUACAUCGAGGAAGAAGCCCGAUCAUGCUUACUCUUACGGGUACAAAAGGCUUGAAGUUUUAUCUGCUUUCACUAAUGCUCUGUUCCUUUUGUUCAUGUCAUUCUCCUUAGCUGUGGAAGCUCUUCAUGCAUUCAUACAAGAUGAGUCAGAGCACAAGCAUUAUUUGAUUGUAUCAGCGGUGACAAAUCUGCUGGUGAACCUAAUAGGUGUUUGGUUCUUCCGGAAUUAUGCUCGUGUUAACCUUGUAUACAGAAAAGCAGAAGACAUGAAUUAUCACUCGGUUUGCUUGCAUGUUCUUGCUGAUUCUAUUCGCAGUGCAGGUCUAAUAUUGGCAUCAUGGUUUCUCUCUAUUGGAGUUGAAAACGCUGAAGUGCUCUGUUUGGGAUUGGUAUCGGUCACGGUCUUUAUGCUUGUUAUGCCUCUCUUCAAGGCCACCGGUGGUGUCUUGCUCCAGAUGGCUCCGCCCAACAUUCCUUCUUCUGCUUUGAACAAAUGCUUGCGACAGAUUACUUCUCGUGAAGAAGUUACAGAGGUUUUACAGGCUCGGUUUUGGGAGCUGGUCCCUGGCUACACCGUCGGCUCUCUCACACUUCAGGUGAAAAGCGGAACAGAUGAUCGUCCUUUACUUCAGUUUGUGUAUGAUCUGUACCAUGAUUUGGGUGUACAAGACUUGACCGUGCAAACCGAUUUCAGUUGAAUACGUCACCCUGAGAUGUAAGAAGAAGAAGAAGAAGGCCUCUUCUGGUUUAAAGAUAACGACUUUGUUGCAUUGCACUUCAUUAGGUAUACAGUAGCAUCUUCUUCUAGUUACAAUGAUACAUACGAAUCCCCAUUAUUCAAAGACAAUGUCAUGGCUGCAAAUUUCACACUUACAUCUUAAAACAGCACUUGCUUCUGUUUUCAGAGGCCUUUUUUCAGUA